AUGGCGCAAGCUGCUGCUUCUGAAUCCGGCAAGAGUGGCACCAAAACCCCCACCUCAGCGGCCGACGAAGCUGAGCCCAAAAGCUACAGCGACCUCCUCUCCACUCUCCCCGCAAGAGGAGGGUGGGUGUCGCUCGUCCAGUACCAGAACUACUGGCUGAACCCCGGCAGGCUCCAGCACAUCAUCCCCGUCAAGGAGCUCUACAAGCCUCGCGCCGACGACAUCAUCCUCGCCACCUACCUCAAAUGCGGGACCACGUGGCUGAAGGCGCUCGCCUUCGCCAUCACGACCCGCGGCCGCCACCACCACGCCGGCGCCUUCGCCGCCGACGAUGGCGGCGACCACCCUCUGCUCACCGUGCACCCGCAGGAGGCCGUGCCGCACCUGGAGGUGCACACCCCGGGGCAAGGCCUGGCGGACAUCGAGAUGCUGCAGUCCCCGCGGCUGCUCGGGACGCACCUGCCCCUCUCCCUGCUCCCGCCGGCCGUCGUGGCCACCUCCGGCUCCGGCUGCCGCGUCGUGUACCUGUGCCGGCAGCCCAAGGACGUGUUCGUCUCGCUGUGGCACUUUGUGAUGGACAUGCGCGGGGGGAGGUCCCCCGUGGAGAUGGACGCCGCGCUGAGCAUGUUCUGCGAGGGCGUCUCGCCUUUCGGCCCCGUCUGGGAGCACUACCUCGAGUACUGGAAGGAGAGCCUGGCGAGGCCUGAGCAGGUCCUCUUCAUGAGGUAUGAGGAGAUGGUGGCGGACCCGGUGAGAGCCGUGAAGACGCUCGCCGGCUUCUUUGCCGUGCCGUUCACCGAGGAGGAAGAGAGAGCAGGGGUCCCGGAGGAGAUAGUGAGGCUGUGUAGCUUCGAGACGCUGAGCGGCUUGGAAAGCAACCGGACGGGAGAUCUUGAUUGUGGAGACAACACGGUCAUUGGGAAGUCUACGUUCUUCAGGAAAGGCAAGGUUGGGGACUGGGAGAACCACAUGACCAAAGAGAUGGGCAAGAAGGUCGACGACGUUUUUGAAGAGAAGCUCAAGGGGUCUGGUCUCGUGUUUUGA